GUCUGUGCAGAACGAACUUUCUACGCCCAUCGCAUUGUCCUGGCGGCAGAGAGCGAGGUCUUCAAGAGCGGCCUCGCCACCGUGACCAAGGAGGCCAACGACGGCAGGCAAGAGAUCCGAUUGGCUGAGAUCUCCAACCCAGAGGCUGUGAAGUUCAUGUUGGACUACAUGUAUCAGACGGAUGCAGCCGAGUGGGCAGAUUACAAUCCGCGGACGCAGGAGAUCAACAAGGACGUGCUUCGACUAGCACAGGCCUUUCGCUUGCCAGGCUUGACUGAACGCGCCAUGCAUUGGUGCCUUGAAUGCAAAACACAUGAGCCCUUCGAGCGCCUUUUCUAG